UGGGUGUCGGCGGUCAACAGCAUCGGGCAGGGUCCCCCCAGCGAGUCGGUGGUGACCCGAACCGGGGAGCAGGCGCCCGCCAGCGCGCCCCGAAACGUGCAGGGCCGCAUGCUGAGCAGCAGCACCAUGAUCAUCCAGUGGGARGAACCGGUGGAGCCCAAYGGGCAGAUCCGCGGCUACCGCGUCUACUACACCAUGGAGCCCGAGCAGCCCGUCAGCAACUGGCAGAAGCACAACGUGGACGACAGCCUGCUGACCACCGUGGGCAGCCUGCUGGAGGACGAGACCUACACGGUGCGAGUGCUGGCCUUCACCUCGGUGGGGGACGGGCCCCUGUCCGACCCCAUCCAGGUCAAGACGCAGCAGGGAGUUCCCGGGCAGCCCAUGAAUUUCCGGGCAGAAGCCAAGACCGAGACGAGCAUUGUGCUGUCGUGGAGCCCCCCACGCCAGGACAUCAUAGUGAAAUACGAGCUCCUCUAUAAGGAGGGAGACCACAGCAAGGAGGUGCUGAAGAACUUCGAGCCCACCACGUCGUUCACGGUGGAAGGGCUGAAGCCCAACACUGAGUAUGUGUUCCGGCUGGCCGCCCGCUCGGCCCUGGGGCUGGGGGCCUUCACCCCGGAGGUCCGGGAGCGCACCUUGCAGUCUAAACCGUCAGCCCCCCCUCAAGAUGUAAAAUGUGUCAGCACCCGCUCCACCGCCAUUCUGGUAAGUUGGCGGCCGCCUCCGGCCGAGAGCCAGAACGGCGUCCUGGCCGGCUACAGCGUCCACUAUCGAGCGCUGGACUCGGAGGACACGGAGCUAAAGGAGGUGAAUGAUAUCCCCCCAACCACCAGUCAGAUCCUGCUGGAGUCCCUGGAGAAGUGGACCGAGUACCGCGUCACCGUGGUGGCUCACACGGAGGUGGGGCCGGGCCCGGAGAGCUCGCCGGUCAUCGUCCGCACCGAUGAGGAUGGUAACCGUUUCCCUUUGGCCUCUGGCGAACAGGAAAUGGUCAUUGCUGGGCUCCAGCCGGAGACUGCCUACUCCAUCACCGUGGCCGCCUACACCAUGAAGGGAGACGGCGCUCGCAGCAAGCCCAAAGUGGUCACCACCAAGGGUGCAGUCCCAGGAAAGCCCAUCCUCUCGGUGCACCCGACGGAGGAGAACGCCCUGCUGGUGAAAUGGGAGCCCCCUCUGGGCGCCGAGGGCCAGGUGCUGGGCUACCGGCUGCAGUUUGGCCGCAAGGACGUCGACCCUCUGGCCACGCUGGAAUUCUCGGCGCUGGACGACAAAUACGUCGCCGCCAGCAUCCACAAGGGCGCCACGUACGUGUUCAAGCUGGCCGUCAAGAGCCGCGCCGGCUUCGGCGAGGAGGCCGUGCAGGAGCUCACCACCCCCGAGGACAUCCCCAAGGGUUACCCGCAGAUCCUGGAGGCGAGCAACGUGACGGCGGCGUCGGUGCAGUUUGGCUGGUUGCCACCCGUGCUGGCCGAGAGGAACGGUGCCAUCGUCAAGUACACCGUGGCUUACCGCGAGGCCGGGUCCGCCGCCGGCAAUCUGCUGGAAAAAGAGCUGCCCCCCUCCCCCGAGAACUCGUACACCCUCAACGGCCUCAAACCCAACACCGCCUAUGAUGUUAAAAUCCGUGCUCACACCAGUAAAGGCCCCGGGCCGUACAGCCCGACCGUCCAGUAUCGGACGUUCCAGCUGGACCAAGUUUUGCCCAAAAAYUUUAAGGUGAAGAUGGUGACGAAGACGUCUGUGCUUUUGAGCUGGGAGUUCCCUGAGAAUUACAACUCUCCUACCCCAUACAAGAUCCAGUACAACGGGCUGCACGUCGACGUGGACGGGCGAACCACCAAGAAACUCAUCACCCACCUGAGACCCCGAACCUUUUACAACUUUGUUCUGAUGAACCAGGGCAACAGCAUGGGGGGGCUGCAGCAGAACGUGGCGGCCUGGACUGCUGCUGACAUGCUGGCCAAGAAGCCAGAGGUGACCCACAAACCUGAUGCUGAUGGCAACGUGGUGGUGAUCCUCCCCGACGUGAAGAACUCUGUGCCYGUGCAAGCGUUCUACAUCGUGGUGGUGCCUCUGAGGAAGUCCCGAGGAGGACAAUUCCUCAACCCCCUGGGCAGCCCUGAGGAGAUGGACCUGGAGGAGCUGGUCCAGGACAUCGCCCGGCUGCGKCGCCGGAGCCUGCGGCACUCGCGGCAGUUGGAUUUCCCCAAACCCUACAUUGCCGCCCGCUUCCGCUCGCUGCCCUCGCACUUCGUCCUGGGCGACAUGAAACACUACGACAACUUCGAGAAUCGCGCCCUGGAGCCGGGGCAGAGAUAUGUGCUCUUCAUCCUGGCAGUGCUGCAGGAGCCUGAGGCUACCUAUGCUGCCAGUCCUUUCUCCGACCCCAUCCAGCUGGACAACCCUGACCCACAGCCCAUCAUCGAYGGUGAGGAGGGGCUCAUCUGGGUCAUCGGGCCCGUGCUGGCCGUGGUCUUCAUCAUCUGCAUCGUCAUCGCCAUCCUGCUCUACAAAAACAAACCAGACAGCAAACGGAAAGACUCCGAGCCGCGGACCAAGUGCCUCCUGAACAACGCCGAAAUCGCCCCCCACCACCCCAAGGACCCCGUGGAAAUGAGGCGAAUCAACUUCCAGACYCCAGUUGGGACAAGGACUCGGGUUUGUCCUGUCCAGCUGGACCCCUGGGCCAGGACUUUGCUCCUGUUAAGCACACGAGUAAAAACACCAGGGUUUCAAGGCUUUUCAAGCCUUGACCUAUUUGAAGAAACAUCCUCAAGGAUAUUGGGUCUCUUUAGUACCUUUUGCAAGGACUUCCUGUCUCCCUGCAAUGCAGGAAAAAAACUCGCCAAAAGCCAGGAAAAACUCACCAAGAGCCUUUGUGAUCCCGACCCCCCAAACCACGAAGGCUCUGGAGUUCCUGCCAGGCAAUUCCCUCUUAAGAUCAGCCCUGCAAAARCCUCCUUGGUGCUUCCAGCUGAGCAAUUCCCUGAUUUUUGCUGCCUUGGCACAGGAAUCGUGGGCAGCGAUUACAUCAACGCCAACUACAUCGACGGCUACAGGAAGCAGAACGCCUACAUUGCCACGCAGGGGCCACUGCCCGAAACCUUUGGGGAUUUCUGGAGGAUGGUGUGGGAGCAGCGCUCAGCCACCAUUGUUAUGAUGACUAAACUGGAGGAGAAAUCACGGAUAAAAUGUGACCAGUACUGGCCAGGCCGAGGCACGGACACGUACGGCAUGAUCCAGGUGACGCUGCUGGACACCAUCGAGCUGGCCACCUUCUGCGUCAGGACCUUCUCCCUGCACAAGAACGGCUCCAGCGAGAAGCGCGAGGUGCGGCAGUUCCAGUUCACGGCGUGGCCCGACCACGGCGUYCCCGAGUACCCCACGCCCUUCCUGGCCUUCCUGAGGAGGGUGAAAACCUGCAACCCGCCCGAUGCYGGCCCCAUCGUGGUGCACUGCAGCGCCGGCGUGGGCCGCACCGGCUGCUUCAUCGUGAUCGACGCCAUGCUGGAGAGGAUCAAGCACGAGAAGACCGUGGACAUCUACGGGCACGUCACCCUCAUGAGGUCCCAGCGCAAUUACAUGGUGCAGACCGAGGACCAGUACAGCUUCAUCCACGACGCCCUGCUCGAGGCCGUGGGAAAGGGCUCUGUGCCCACCCCCAAAAGCAAACCAGGAGGGCAUACAAGGGGCGGGCAGGGUAAGAGGGUCAGGAGAACAGCCCAGCUGAGGGGAUCUCUCUGCCCACAGCGCUUGGCCAACUCCAAGGCCCACACCUCGCGCUUCAUCAGCGCCAACCUGCCCUGCAACAAGUUCAAGAACCGCCUGGUGAACAUCAUGCCCUACGAGAGCACGCGGGUGUGCCUGCAGCCCAUCCGCGGCGUCGAGGGCUCCGACUACAUCAACGCCAGCUUCAUUGAUGGCUAUAGGCAGCAGAAAGCAUACAUCGCCACGCAGGGGCCGCUGGCGGAGACCACCGAGGAUUUCUGGAGGAUGCUCUGGGAGAACAACUCCACCAUCGUGGUGAUGCUGACCAAGCUGCGCGAGAUGGGGCGGGAAAAGUGCCAUCAAUACUGGCCUGCGGAGCGCUCGGCACGGUACCAGUACUUCGUGGUGGAUCCCAUGGCCGAGUACAACAUGCCCCAGUACAUCCUGCGGGAGUUCAAGGUCACUGACGCCAGGGACGGUCAGUCACGGACAGUUCGUCAGUUCCAGUUCACUGACUGGCCAGAGCAAGGUGUGCCAAAAUCGGGAGAAGGGUUCAUCGACUUCAUCGGGCAGGUACACAAGACCAAGGAGCAGUUUGGCCAGGACGGCCCCAUCUCUGUCCACUGCAGUGCUGGCGUGGGCAGGACCGGGGUGUUCAUCACCCUGAGCAUCGUCCUGGAGCGGAUGCGCUACGAGGGGGUUGUAGAUAUUUUCCAGACGGUGAAGAUGCUGCGAACACAACGACCUGCAAUGGUGCAAACAGAGGAUGAAUACCAGUUCUGUUACCAGGCAGCUCUGGAGUAUCUGGGAAGUUUUGAUCACUAUGCAACAUAAAAAGCCAUCGUUGUGCAGACUCUACCGACCACUUCAGUCCUGGAAGGCCUCUUCUGACCCAGGAGGAGCGCUCGAACUUACAAAACUGACUCAGAAGAAGUUUCCUUUUCAUCUGGACAAUGCAUCGGGAGCAGGGGGGAGGAUUGGAAGGAAAACCCCUCGGGGAACUCCAUGUUGUAACCUGGCCCUGGCAGAGGCAGCUCGGGAUGGGGCUGCUCUGAGCUGCCCCGGGAGCCUGGGGAGGACGGACGGACGGACGGACGGAYGGACGCGGCGAGACGGCUCCGACGGCUCCGACCACACCUCGGGAAAUCGAUUCUGCUGGAGAAGGGAAGGAAAACAAAACAAAACAAAAAAAAAAAMCGACUUUGGUUACAUCAUUAGAGUUCAGUUUCUUUACUAAUCUAGUUGGCAGUCUUUAAAGGAAGUCACUUGCAGGAUUGAAGGCGUUCUGGGAAUGAGAAGGAGCUCAAAUCUCGACASUUUUAGGGUAAACUUAGGGUCAGGAGUUCUUCUAGCUGGAGUCUUAAUAACCUCAGUAUCAGCAUUGGGAGGAUUCUGGGCUUGCAGGCACCUUGCAAACAGCAUUCACGGGAUGCCCCUGCCACGCCAGAGGUUUUAUAGCUCUCACAUUUUGAAUACUUGGAACAUUCCUCAUUUCUUCGAAUUCCAAAAUUUAUUUUUUAGGGUAUUUCAAAGGGUAAAGAGAAAGAGCGGAAGAGUUACGACCCCCAGAGCUGGCUGUGGGGGGUGGCCCCCUCCCCUUGCUUGGGUUGGGGUCUCUGACUGCAAGGUCUGGGCCCCUUCCCAGCACAUCUGGCUGUCCCUGGAGCAGGGUGGGAUCCCCAAAAAAAGAAAGGCAGCCCCUUCCCCGGGCUCUUUGCACAUUCACACCCCUCUCCCGAGCCGUGUCGCCCCGUUCCUGCCUGGGAGCACCUCCCUGCCAGCAGCACCUCCCCACCAGGAGCCCCAAAAUCACCGGGAGGGGUUGAUUUCCAGCACCCAGCUGGCUCCAGGGCCAGCCCCUCAUCUCUGAACUCAGCAGCUCUCGGGAGCUCCUCUCAGGACCUCGCACAGCUCCCACUGUCCCCAACACACCCCAGCUGUAAAAGAACUGGGAAAGAUCCAGGAAGGUGCAUCCAAUGGCAAAUACUGUGAGUGGCUUUCUUUAAAGUAAUCGAUGUAACUGUAACAAGUGACAUUACCUUUUUUUUUUUUUUUUUUUAAUAGUGUUUUUUUUUUUUU